AUGUGGUGCAGUGUGCCGAAAAUCCUUUUGGGAUUGCUGUCGAUUCGGGCAUGGAUCGACGGUGUCGAAGCCUUCUCUUGGGGAGGUGUCGAAAGGAGAGCAGACACCCCCCGGUCUGUGGAAGAGCAUAUGGUCAACCCGUCGGUUGUAGUUCACGACGCAUCACGCUUGCCGAAUGUCUACGCCGUCGCCAUGCAGGAGCUCCAAGAACUCGAGUCAGAACCUCUCUGCCAUCGAAUCGCUGCUCGACUCCUGGUCAACAACUGCCAGCUGUUGGAAGGCAAAGACGACGCCACCGUUCUCACCGACAGCGGCAGACAAAUCCGUGACUUUGUGGACUCAUAUGCCGCCAGUCUUGCUAUCUGUGAUCUGGAGAGAGGCAGUUUUGUCAUCCCUUCUGGAUGUGCGCCGUUCAGAGAACAUGCUCUAGCUAACCUACCGACCUCCAAAGUUGCUCAGCUUCACGUCUCACCUCGGCAGAUAGAUUCGUGUCUCUCGGGGUUAGCCAAGUCCGACUCUGCGUGGAAUACUUGGGUGAGCUACCGUCAUAAGGCUCUCAGAUUCUGCGAGGCUGCUCGCGCAGAUAAUGACAAAGGCGGCCUCGAGGAUGCCCAGAACCUGCAACAGCUGCUGACGGUGCUCCUCAAAACGGUCCUUAGCAGCAACGCCGAAGUUGCAGCAUCGCAUGAGCUGGCACUGACAGACUUCAAAGAACGAACUGGGAAUGAGGUCGCGGCUGUCAUGGCUGCUCUCGCAACAGCUAUAGCAUCGUCUACAUCCCUUCAUGGCCAGUUGGAACAAUCCCACAUUCGAGCGAUUGAACUAGCUCACCGACAAGAUAGUCUUGAGAAAGUUGGUGAAGAAAGUCUCCUGCAAGAAUCAAACAUGCCGCUGACUAUCUUUCAGGGAUUGGAGAAACUCCUAGACAUUACCGAUGACAUUUCCUCGAAAUACGAAUCACACUCUGAUAAGCUUUCACACGUGAACCAGAUUUCAGAAGACCUGCUGGAUACACUUGACAAUAUGGCUUCAUCGACAUCAGAAGUUCGCGGUUCUUUCCAUCGACCGGGUUGGACAAGUUGGGUGCCAUAUGUGGCGUGCCCAGCCGCGUCUUUACUCAUGGGAUCUUACGGUCUUCCACCAUCAGCAGUGAGAAACCUCGGACUAAUUGCGCUCGGCGAACUUGCUGGCUUCGUCGUGUCUUAUGCCAAAUAUCUCUCGCCGGGUAUCCUCGAGGCUGAUCAGCAUAUAUCUCCAAUUAUUGGCGCCAUGAACAAGACCUUCAUUUCCACGGCGUCCCCAAAUUAUCUUUCCAGAGAUCUGCCGCUAAUUCAACGCAAUAUCCGAGGAUCGACGACGACUUGA